AUGGAAAUUAGGUGUAAAAGAAAAUGGUUUCGGCUGUACCUAGCCUUCGUAAUUCUCAUCCUCAUUUUCGCUUUCAUUCAACGUCCAUAUGUCCUCCCAAAGUACGAUUCCUACAACGCAGUCCUAUUUGGGGAAGCCGCCUUUUACGAAAAUCUAAUGAGAGACAACAUACUUCAACAAGCCAGAACAACUUUGUCACUCAGAAACAUUUCCCGUGUUGAUAUCAUUCGCCACGGUCUGAAUAUCACGCACCAAUUCAUGGAACUUGAUCAAUCCGAAUUCAUUCAGGCACCCCGCAGGUGGUGUACCCACGAUCCUGCCACUAAGAACCUCACAAUCGACAGCGAUCUUCGCACAUGCUUCCCGAAAGUCGUCCUCUCAAAUUCUACCCUGAUUAGAAACACUCUCCGUUUGAUUCGUGAUACCUUACACGCAGCGAACAUCGAAUAUGCACUAACCUAUGGCUCGCUCCUGGGCUCUUUACGCUAUCAUACCAGAAUGCCGUUUGAUUGUGACUUCGAUCUCCUAGUCCAUCAGAGGGACCGCCAGCGUGUCUUGCGCACUUUUCUCCAACUGGCAUCGAACGCGGACAACCAGAUGCGCGUUUUUGACUUACAACCCGCGGAUGCAAACGCGAAAAUGGGACUGGCCUGUGGACGCGACAGAAGGUGGAUGGAUCCUCAUUACUGGGGCAAUUUCAACACAAGCAUCGAGUUCCGAGACGGCAUUCCAACUGGGCACAAUUGGGAUGCUUAUCAUUCGAUGAUGGCAUCCUGUGAUAUCUACGUGGACAUCUACGCGAAUGCAGGUGACGAUGCUGUGAUGGACAAGCUCCACAAAUACGCACCAAUGUACCGCCCGCUAGAGGGAACGCUCUUCCGCGUAUUUCAUGGAGCGCGCAGUUACCUGGAAAACUACUACGGUUCCAGCCUCGACGUGUGUGUACCCAAGACCCCAAUGAUGCGUCGUGGUAACGUCCGUCACUUACCGGACAAAUGCAAACAAAUGACAGUUCCGUGUAGCACGUUGGACAAAUUGUAUUCUAGAGUGUUUCGCUUCAAGGUACCCGAUGACUCUACGGUGUACGAAUUCGGCCUACAGUCCGAUGAGACGCACAGAUGCUGGGUUCGCACAGUCUUCCUCGUCCGUAUACAGGCUUCGAUUCAUUAA